AUGGGUAAUUGCAAGUCUUAUUCUUCUCAUUUUAGUGUUAAUAAAAACAAUACUAAUGAAUUAUAUGAAAACUUAAUAUGUAAUUUUAUUGAAAAGGAUAAACUUUUGUUUUGCCCGAAAGCUUUUGUUAUAUAUGAAGUUUUAAAAAGAAAAUUGGAAAAUAAAGAUGAGUUCAGGUAUUAUAUUGUGAGGACGCUCCAGAGGAAGAAAGUUAAGAAUGCUUUAAUUGGUUUAAAUGAAGAUUACAACAUCGAUGUUUUGAAUUUUUUAUUAAAAUUAUUUAAAAAGAUAAACAAUGAUUAUUAUAACAACAUAUUGAACUUUCAAUAUAGUAAUUAUUACAAUUAUUUUGUUCGUGAAGAUUCAAAAUUUGUAAGUUUCUCGGAACAAAUAAAUAUCAUUCAUGACAUAUAUAAUUUUGUACGUAUGAAAUAUGUUCUUGAAAACAUUUGCUUACAUUUAUAUUUUGAAGUACAUGAUGAUUCUAAAGAAAUUUAUGAAUAUACAGAAAAAAAAAAUGGGAGUAAUAAAAAGAUGAGUACAGUAAAGGUAGUAAAAGAAAGAUCUAAUGAUUUAUUAAAUUUUAAGAAAAAGAGCAUAAGUAAUACAUUAAGAGAUAGAAACAAUAUGAUAUAUUUAAUAAAAAACCGUUUUAAAAAAAUUGAGAACUUUUGUAAAAAUAAUUUACAUUGUAAUGUAUUUGAGAAUUUUAAAAUAUAUAAUAUGAUGUGUUUAUAUAUUUUAAAAAAUAAUUAUAAAAUGAAAUGUAUUUUAUAUAAUAUAUUUAGUAUUAUGUUUUUUAUAAAUAAUUAUUUUAAUAUAUAUAAUAAGGAACCAAUUACUAAUCAUAUAAAGAAAUUAUCAUUUAAUGAAGACAAAUCACAAAUAAAAAAUGAGUUUUUAAAAAAAUUCAAUAAAGAUGAAAUUAAAUAUUCCUCAUCUUUAGAAGAUAUAUAUAAAAGUUAUUUAUUUAUUUCUUUAUGUCUUAGUUCUGAUGAACAAAUUAAAGAACAUAUAUUAUAUAAUACAAUUAUUAAUAUGAAUCAAAAUCCAGUACGAUUCUCUAAAUGUAUUAGUGAAUUCUUAGAUAUGUAUAAUAUUUCACAAAAAAAAAUGAAUACCCUUUUUUCAUCAAACGAAAUGAUAGAUAAAAAAGAAAAAAGAAAAAAAAAAAAAAAAAAAAAAAUAUACGAAUGUUCACAUAAAACCAUACAAAAUUCUUAUAUUAAUGAUAAUUUUAUAAAUUCCCAUUAUAUUUGUCAAAAUCAAUAUAUAAAAAGUAUUUUAAAUAUAGGUAAUUCAAAUUAUCACAUAAAAAAUAAUAUGAUGAUAUUCUGUUUUGUCUUAUUCGAAAAUUCGACUUAUAUGCAAACUAGUUACAGAAUAAAUAAUAUAAUGACCGAUCAAGAAAAAGACCAAGAAAAUGAACAAAAGGAAAAAAAAAAAAAAAAAAAAAAGAAGGAACUGUUAUUUAAUAAGAGUAAAUCAAGUGAUGAAAUGAAUAUAUCAUUGACUGAGAAGAAAAAAAAUAAAGUGAAAGAGAAGAAAUUCAAAUUUAAGUUGAAAUUUUAUAAAAAGAGCUUGAAAACGGAAAAUAAUAGUAGUACAAAUAACGAACAUGAAGAAAAUUUACAAAAUACAUAUGAAUUAAAAAAAAGCUAUUCAUAUAAUAAUUCAGAUUAUAAAAAAAUAGAUCAUAUUUCCUUUGAUUUAAAUAGGAUAGGUUUUUUUAGAAUUGAUUUGUAUAAUCUUAUGCAAGAAAAUUUUGAAGACAAUAUAGAUGAAAAUAUGGAUAACUAUGUAAAGUUAUAUACCAUAAAAAAAAAAAAAAUGAACAAUACAGAAGAUGAAAAUAAUAAAAGAGGAAGCAGUAAAUACAUUUAUGUGAAGAAAAAAAUUAAAACCAAAAAAGAUUAUGAACUAAUUGAAACUAUGAAAGAUAAUUUCAUACAUGUUCUUAAUGUUUUAAAAACUAUGAGAAACAAAGAAAUAUGUUAUAUAUCAUCAGCAAAUACUUUUAACGAAUCAUAUGAUAAAAAUACAAAUGAUUACAAAACAAAUGUAAGUUACACACAAAUAGAAAGUAUUGAUUAUUCAUUUAAAUCUAAAAGUAGUGAUAAGACAUUUAAAAAAGAAACUGAUGUAAAUUGUUCAGAAAAGAAUGAACAUAUUCCAUCUGAUAAAAAUGUAAAUGAGGAACACAAUGAUAAUGAAAUAAAUACAAUAUGUAAUGAGAACAGGGAAGGAAAAAAUAGAAAAAGUAAUGUAAAAAUUAAUGAAGGAAAUAAUUUAAUAAAACCAUUUUUUAUAGGAGUGCAUGACAUAUUUGUUCCUUUUGAUAUGGAAAAACUUAUUCUUCAUAAGUCACAAGAUAAAUUUGAAUUUAAAGAUAAAGAAAUAAUUAGAACAAAGACUACACCUUUAUAUAGAAAAAUACCUAAUCAUUCCAGAGUACAUGUAAGAAGAUGUGAUAACCCUAUAUUAAAUCAAAAUGAAAUAAAAAAGAAACAUAUAACAUCAAAGGGAGCAAACAAAAAAUUUCAUAUUAAGGGAAGAAGUUAUACAGAUAAUGAAAGUUUUUAUAAAAGUGUUAAUGUAAGAACAAAUAAAAGCAUCGAACCAAAUGAAAAAGAUGAUUCAUAUAAUGUUUUUUAUGGAAAUGGAGAAAGUGAAUUACUGUUUAGUAAAGAUAGCUUAAAUUUUGAUAAUAUUUAUGAGAAUCCAACCUUAAUGAAUAUAUUUGAAGAAAUGAAAUAUAGAGAACAAACAGAAGAAUUAUUAAAACUAUAUAAUUUUACUACAAAAAAAAAAAACAUGAACGAAUUUUUAAAUAAAGUAAAAAUAUAUGGUAAGACAAUAUGUAUUAAGGAUACACCUACAGAAAAUAAUGAUGAUAUAUAUACUGAUUAUAAUUAUUAUAAUAAUUAUAAUUAUUAUGAUAACGAUGAAUAUGAUAAUGAUGAAUGUGAUAAUGAUGAAUAUGAUAAUGAUGAUGUUAGUAACAAUAAUCGUUAUGAAUAUGAAAAACAUUUAACAUUUUUUAAUAGAAGUAAAAUGAAAAGUAUUGCAACAUAUGAAGAUAUGGAGAAAAUAAAUUCAAAAAAUAAAGCAAAAGCACAAAAUAAUAAAGAAAAGAAUUCUAUUGAUGAUGAAAUAGAUAUGGAAAAUUAUGAAGAUGAUAUAGGACAAAAUAAUGAUGAUGAUCUAAAUAAUAUUAAUAACGAUGAAGAAGAUGAAAAAAUAAAUGAAAAUUUUUUUAAAGAUUCUUUAAAAAUAUUUAUACAACACAAACCAAUGGGUGAAAUGUGUAAUUUUGUUAAUAUGAAAUAUAUACAUAUUUCUUUUAAUAUGUAUAAAGUAUAUGAAGGGAAAAAAAAACUAAUACUUAGUACAUAUACAAAUAAUGAAAAAAGUGAUUCAUUACAAAAAGAUAAUGAAAAGGUAAAGGAAAAAAAUAAUAUAAAUGAUAAUAUAAAUGGUAAUAUAAAUGAUAAUAUAAAUGGUAAUAUAAAUGGUAAUCUAAAUGGUAAUAAAAAUGGUAAUAUAAAUGAUAAUAUAAAUGGUAAUAUAAAUGAUAAUGUAAAUGAUAAUAUAAAAGAUAAAGAGGAUGAAACUAAAUGUGUGGGAAAAAUAGAAUAUAAUAUUACCUUAGAUAAAAAUGAAAAUUUUAAAUAUAUAAUAGAUUUAAUAUUUUUGCAUUUAAAUUAUAAUAGAUGUUAUUAUAUAUAUAUACCCAAAAGGCUGUUAGUUAAUUUUAUGAAUAAAGGUGGAAUUCCAGAAGAUAAUAUAUUUCUUAAUUCUAUGAAUUGUAAUUGUGAUAUAGUUUUAGAAAAUUUAUAUAUCAUUGAUCCUAAUGAUUGUAUUCCGAAUAAUAAUUUAACAAAUAUAUCUAUUCCUUUAUAUUUUGAAAAAAUCCAUUUUGUCGAAAUUGUUUUAUUUCUUUUAUGUGAUGUAUUAAAAAUAUAUAAUAAAAUAAAAAAACUAAAAAAAUAUUUUGAAAAGAAAUGUAUAGAAUUUAUAAAAUUAUUUUAUGAUUAUUUUGAUACUCAAUUGAAAAAGGUAAAUUAUGAAUAUUGUAAAGAAAAAAAAAAUAAUAUAUUAUCACUUCCUAAUGAACUUUUAAAAAAAAGAGGUUCCAAAAAAUUAGAGAAUUAUACUAUGUUAAGUAGUGGUAUUAACAUUUCUUCAUUAAGGCAUAUUUCAAAUUUGAGUGAGGAAAAAUAUAUUACUACUAAAGAAGAUAAUAAUAAUUAUUAUAAUAAUAAUAUGGAUAUUAAAUCAUUAAUAAUUAAUGUUUCAUCUACAUUAAUUUCAGAAAAUUGUACAACUAAUGUUAACAACCAGGUGAAUAAUAUGAAUCAAGAAAAUGAUGAUGAUGAUUCUAAAAAUAAGAAAAAAUCAAACAACACCACAACCAACAACAACAACAACAAUAAUAAUAAUAAUAAUAAUAAUAGCAAUAAUGAUAAUAUUAUUUUUAAUAAUAAUUUUAGUACAUAUAAAUGUAAUGGUGAAAAUCCUUUCGAUAUUGGAUAUAAAUAUAAUAAUAUUUAUAUAAAAAUAAUAGACGUAAAAUUAUAUGAUUUUAUUUUAGAUUAUCUAAACUAUAUAAAAGAAAAUAAUAGUUGUUAUUAUUUAUGCCCAUAUAUAUUUGUUUAUAAAUUUAAAGGACUUUGCUUCCUUUUUGUUCCUGUAUGUAACAACUUUUAUUUACUUUUUUAUCAUUUCUUUUUUCAUUUCCUUAAUUGUUCAGAUUUUUUUAGUUUCAAAAAAUGUUUUAAUCGAAAUAUUAAUAAUAAUGAUGAUGUUUCCAAAAUACAACAUGCUGUACCCACGAAUCAUAAUUUUCUAUAUAUUAAUAAUAUAAUUAAAAUAUUAAAUAUACAUAAGAAUAAUAAAAUGUAUGUGAAAUAUAUUUCAUUAAACAAACAAAUGCAAAAUAAAGAAACUGUAUAUUAUUAUAAAUGGAUUAAAAGCAAAAUUGUUAUUGAUAUUAGAAACUCUUUUUCAUCUCCAUAUUUUAUUCGUACGAAGAAUUUUAUUAGUUUCAUUGAAAAUACAAAUUUAAAUAUAUGUCUAAGGAAAUUAUAUUUAAAUAAAGAUUGUGCAUUUUCUGUAAAACUUGAUAAAAAGAAUAAGAAUAAUGAAAAUUCAUCUGCUUUUAAUGAUAUCAUAUGUUUGUUUAACCAGUAUUUUAAUAUGUUUACUUAUUUCUAUGAUGAAAAAAAAAUAAGUAGAAAUAAUGAAUUAUUUCGUCACAGUAGAUAUAUAAUUAUCCCAUAUUUUAAUGAUAUUUAUAUUAAUCGAAAUAACUUACUUAUUUAUUGGAAAAUGUUAGAAGAUUUUAAAAAUGCUAAAACGGAGAAUAAGACUAAUGAUUCCAAUAAUAGAAAUGACAAUGAUAAUUAUAAUAGCAGUAAUCAAAAUAUUAAUUAUAAUAAUACAAAUAACAGUAAUGAUAAAUGUUUGAAGGAAGCUGAAAAAAAUGAAUAUCAAAAUAAAUAUGGAAUGAACGAAAAUAUAAAGGAUGAUGACUACUACUAUAAUAAGAAUGAUUAUGAAACGAAAAAUCUUAAAUAUUUUUUUAUUUAUAAUAUAUAUGAAGUCCAUAGAGAUAUCUUCAUAAAUUAUUUUUAUUUGUUAUUAAACAAAAUAAUAGUAGAAGCUGUAAAAGAAUUAAAAAUAAAUAAUUUUUUAAGUAUUCAUAAUUUAUUACAAUUAUUAAAUAAUUAUGAAAUAAAUUUCAAUAUGUUUUUUUGGGUAUUAUAUGAUAAUUAUAUAAAUAUUUAUAAAAAAUAUAGUGUUCAUACAGAACUUGUAAAUUUUUUUAAUAAUAAUAAUCCAAAUAAAAGUUACGUUCUCGAUUCUUUUAAAAAACAAAAAUUUAAUUAUUGUAAUAAAAAGAAGUUUUAUGUAAGACGGAUUUUAGUAUUUUGCACAUGUAUAUUAUUAUCUAUUAUAUGUAGAAAUAUAUGUGAAUUUUUUAUAACAGAAUUAAAUUAUUCUUAUGAAAAUGUAUUCAGUGUGAUAUCUUACUUUUUCUUUUCUAAUAAGAAGCUUCCUCAAAUAAAUGAUGAUAUAAAUUUGAAUUUUUUAAAGUCAAUUUAUUUUAAUUUAUUUGUAUCCUUAAGCUUUGUUUUGCAAUAUAUCCCAUUAAAUGUCCAAUACUUAAAUUUGUUUAAACUUAUAAAGAAAGUAAGAAAAUAUAAAUUUAUUUUAGCUAUGUGUUUAAAUCAUAUAUGUGGUAUGAAUAUACCUUUUUACCUUUUUUGUGAACUUUAUAAGUUACCUUUACCUAUGUUAAAUGAUUUCUUUUCUUUUAAUAAAAAAAUGUGGAAUCAUUGUUCUAAUAAUUCCGAAUUAACAAAUUCAAUAACUUUGAAUGAAUUAGAAGAAAAUUAUUAUGAUGAAAUUGAUUUGAAAAUGGAUGAGAAAGAAAGUAUUCAAUGGAUAAACGACAAUUUUGAUUUUAAUAUAUCAAAUGAUUCCUUACGUCUUUUUAAAAAUAAAAAGAUAAAUAGACAAAUAUAUAAAUGUUUUCAUUAUAAAACAGAACACAAUAAAUAUAAGAAUCUUAUAAAUCUUAUGAUUAAGUUGAAUUUUAAUUCAUGUCCUAAUUUAUAUACAUUUCAUAAUAUUGAACACGCUUCAGAUAAUAUAUUAACUUAUUCUACAUAUAACAAUCUUUUUAAAUUCAAACAAAAUAAUUAUAAUUAUAAUAAUAAUAAUGAUCAUAAAAAUGAUGAUACGAAUGCUGAUUUUUUCAUAAUUAUUUUUUCACAUUUUCUUAAUUUCAUAUACCAAUUUUGGAAUAAAGGAAUUUGUGAAGUAAGUGAGUAUCAAACAUUACGUAGUGCAAGCUAUUCAAGUCAAGAUAUAGAAUAUUCAAAUAAAAUACAAAAAAACAACAAAUUAAAUAAUAUAAAUAUAAUUAUGCAGAAUACCUUAGAUUAUUGUGAAAAAACAAAUGAAUAUUUAAGAGAAUCAAGUAUACUAUUAGAAUAUUAUAAUAUUUUUAAAGCAAGUACUUGUUUACAAUUGUGGAAUCAACAAAAUAUAAUGGAAAAUGAUAUUUUUGAUUGUCUCUUACAUAUCAUAGAAAUGCAUUAUCCUCAUUUAUUAAUUAUUCUUCCAAUCUUUUUGAAAGAAAAUUUUAAUCUCUUAACAUAUGAUAUAAAAGUAUAUCUAAUAAACAUAUUUUUCUUUAUUUUUAUUAAAACAGAUAAAUAUAAAAUAUAUAAACAAAAUAAUAAAAAAAAGAAACAUUCAGGAAGUUUAUACAAUAAAAUUAUGAAUAGUACAAAUUUUAUAGAAAAUACUAACAAUGUCAUAUUGCAAGAUGAUAAAAAGGGUCCUAAUGAAGUAUUAAAACAUUCAUCAUUUUCGAAGGAUAUUUUUAUGGACCCAUAUGAUUAUGCAAGCAGAAGGAAUUUUUUCGAAAUGAAAUCUGAAAUGAAUACUGGAUCAUAUAACAAAAUGAAUAUUGGAUCGUAUAACAAAAUGAAUAUUGGAUCAUAUAACAAAAUGAAUAUUGGAUCAUAUAACAAAUUCAAUUAUGAAACAGUUGACGAUUUAGAAUAUGAAUCUGAAAACAAAACAGAUAUACAUAAUAGUAUAGAAUCCGAAAGUGCAACUGAAAGUGAUAUGGAGAUAAUAUAUGAAAAUAAUACAAAUUGGAAUAAUAUUCAUAAUGACAAACUAAAAAUAAUUUUAUUAAAUAAUGAUUAUAAUAUGUAUUUAAUGCAAUUUUUUUUCAAAAUUGUUUUACGAAUAGUUCCAUUUUUUAAGGUAAAGAAUCAAAAGAAACCUGUAAAUAUGAUGAAAUCAUCUAUAAUAUACAACAUCGCAAUUAUAUUAAAUAUGCUAAAAUCAUUUAAGAAUAUUAUAUUAUCAACAAAAAAUAAUUUCUGUGUAUUUAUUUAUUAUUUUUUUAUAAAAGGAUAUAUAUCAUUAUUUUUAGUGAAUAUAAACAGAGCCCAAAAAUACUUUAAAAAAGUAUUUCUUCUUCUUUUAUUUUUUUUUGGAAAUCCAAUGUGUUCUUUAAACUCUCAUCCAUUUUUGUUAUAUGUUACAUAUAUUUUAUAUUGUUUAACUGUAUUAUCCAAAUUAAAUAUGGGGAAAUUUUAUGAAAGUGUUCAAAAAAGGGGAAUAAAGUUGUUUAAGAAUAAUAAUUAUGAUAAAGACGAACAGUUAUGUAAAGACAAUAAUGAUAAUAGCAAUGAUGAUGAUAAUGAUAAUAAUAAUAAUAAGAAGAAGAACAACAACAACAAGAACAAAAUUUAUUGUAAAAAUGAAAAUACUGAAAAUGAAUCUUUUAAUAUGAAGAAUAAAACAUAUAAUUUUGACCCUAAAAAUUAUAUCAUUGACAAUAAAAUGCGUAAUAAUAUUAAUUAUGAGGAUAAAGAAAAUGAUACUUUAUUUAGUGAAGAAGACAUAUCCAUAAAUAAUAUAUGGCUAAAACAGAAAUAUGAAAUAUGGAUGCUUUUAGAAAUACUUCGCUCAAUUAAAAACAAUUAUAUAAAAUUUAACAAUAAUAUAUAUUUAGUACCUUUGAAUUAUUUGUUUAUAAAUAUAAAAAAACUUUUGAAACAAUGCAUACAAGAAAAGAAAAAGAUUAAGACAGUUGAUAAUGCAAAUAACCAUUAUAAUAAAGAAAAGCAUUUUAGAAAAAAUAGUAACGGAAUGGAUUUAAUAAAGAAAGAUGAAUAUGAUGUUAAUUCAUUUUUAAUGAAUACUGUUAAUAUAAAAGAUAAAGUACCAGAUCAAAACUUAUUAAUAAAUAUCAAUAACAGUUAUUUAGCAUUAUAUCCUACAACUGAAAAUGUAAAUGUUCCAGAAGUUCAUAUAAAUGAAGAUAUUGAUAAAUCAUUUUUAUAUUAUUCGGAAUUAGAAAAAGAACAAAGAGAAACUAAUAGUUUUUAUAAUAAUGAAGAGUAUGAACAAAUGAAAAAUUCCAAUAUUGUAGAAAUUGGAAAUCCUAUAAUUAAAGAUAAUGAACAAGCCAAAGAAGAAUUAUAUAAAAAAGGUAAACCUAGAGAAUGUGAAGAUGAAAACGAACAUGAAAUAAAUGAAAUGGAACAAGAAAAUAAUACAUAUUUUUUAAAUUCUCGAAAAUCAACAAAUAAUUUUUAUUAUAAUGAAGAAAAUAAACCUAGAAAAAAUAAGAAUAAUAAAAAAAUGCAUUAUGGAUACAUUGAUAAAAAAGACAUUUGUAACAUAUUAUUAUAUAACUUAAUAUUUAUUAAUAAAAUGAACAAAAAAUUAAAUAAUUGCAACAAUAUUGGUUAUUACCAUUUUAAAUAUUGCAACUUUAAAAAAAUUGUUAUAAAUUACAAUAAGUAUUAUAAAAUGAUAUUGGAAGCGUUUAAGAGUAAAUUAUGCAAAAAUUAUUAUGCCUACACAUUUGGAAAUAAUGAAAAUGGAACACUUGCUAUUGGUAAACCUUCUUAUCUAAAGCUAUCUCCAACUAUUGGUUCACUUGGAUAUGAUAAAAAUAAAAAAAGUAUAAAACAAGGUAACGAUUUUUGGUUUACGAAUAAUUUGCAACUACUCCCAAUUAAGAUUAAAAAAAUAUGUAUGAAUGAAGGAAUGAUUUCAUUGAUUGAUAAAAAACAUAAUUUAUAUAUUGCUGGUAAUAAUACAUUUCUUGGAUCAAAAAGUGAAUUCUUUUUUAAAAAGGUAAAGUCAAAAGAUAAUUAUGUAGGAGAAAAUGUACAUGGUAAAUCAAAAAAAAUACAUGACAAAAUAAAAAUAGAUAAAUUCUUUAUGAAUUUAAGAUUAAAAAAAAUUAAAAAAGAGGAAAAGGAAUUCCUUGAUUACAAUAGUUCAUCUGGAGAUAGUGAUAAUGUCCUAUUUGAAAAAUCGUUAUCAUAUAACGGAACGACAAAAUUUUUAAAACGUUUAAUUUUUCAAAAUGAUAAUUUUUCAGUAUUUGAUAGAAACAAUGAUGAUACAGUAUAUAAAAAAGCAUGUGCAAAUACCAUGGGUGUAUCCAUAAAUAUGAUAUAUGAUAAUUUUAGUUCUUGUGAAAGUGACAUACAUUCAUCUAUUGAUAGUGAUGAUAGUGAUGCGACGUACAUUAAAGUUAGUGAUAUAGAAGAAAUAAAUAAAAAUUUAAGUAUUAAUACUUUAUUAAAUAAUGAUGAACAUAAAUCUUUCUAUGUACAAAAAAAAAGCUAUUCUCUAAAAAAGGUGUCUAUAGAUGAUAUUAAUAUAUAUAACAGCAUAUUAUACUAUUCAUCUUAUGAUAAUCAGUAUUUAACACAUAUUCUUCCGAACUACAUUUCUUCUGUAAAAAUUAUGAACAAAUAUUGUAAAAAACUUUCGUAUGAUUAUUAUAAAGAAAAAAACAAUACAAACUUAAAAUAUCAAGAAAAAAAUGUACACGGAGAAAAAAAGAAUUAUGAUGAAUAUGAAAAUUCACAAAGAUAUUUAGAAGAAUCCGAGCAUGGAAAAACUAGUAAAGGGUAUUAUAAGAAUAAUAGCAUGAUGUCAUCAAGAGGAAAAGUUGAUAAACUCUUAAUGGAAAAUAAUGUAAAUAAUUUUAAGUUUAUUUAUAAUUUUAUACAUGAUAUUAAAAAUAGAAUAAAAUUUAUUGAUAUUUAUAACGGUUCAGAUUUUGUUAUAUCAAUAAACAAUUUUGGUCAUGUAUAUGCAUGGGGAAAUAAUAAAUAUGGAUGUUUAGGAACUGGUGAUACCAUUAAUAGAUACGUUCCUACAUUAAUUGACCCAGGUUAUUUCUUUUUAUAUGAUUUUGAAAAGUUACAAAUACAUACAAGUUACAAAACAGAAAUUUCAAUAAAAGGUAUCGAAAAAACAAAUAGCAUGUGUAAUGAAAAUAUUUUGUAUAAUUCUUUAUUACAAGAAGCAAUUAAAAAAAAUAUUUAUCAUAAAAAUAUAAAAGUUCAAAAUAAUAUAAAAGAAUCCUUUAUUAAAUGUAAUGAGGCGGACUGUAGAUCUGUUAAUUCAAAUAAUUUCGUAAGUCCAAAUAAACAUUUUAAAGAUGACCUUUUAGUGACAUUAAAAACAGAUAAUAUUUAUACAUCAGAACACAUGCUUAAUUUUGAAAACAUAAAUGUUGACAAUGUAACGAUAAGUGUACAAAAAAUUUACGUUCCCAUUAGUUCCAUUUUUUGUGGUAAUAAUCAUGUUUGUGCAUAUUCAAAUGGAUCCAUAUUUAUGUGGGGUGAACAAAAAUUAGGUCAAACAUCCACACCUUUUGAAAAUAUCUACUUUGAUAUUUAUAAUAAAUUACCAAAAUCAGAUAGUGAUUCAGAUAAUAAUUAUAAACUAAAAAAAAAUGAAAAAAGAGAAAGUAAAAAGAGUAAAACAAAUGAUUUCUUAUCUUCAAGUUCUUCAGAAGAAUAUUACCUUAAUUUAUUAGAUAGGAAAAAACUUGAAAGUAUGAAAAAUAGAUAUAACAAAAAUAAAAUUUUAUUUUGUAAGAAAAAAAUUAGCUUUAGUGUAAAAAACCCAAUGCAAAAUUAUUAUAACAUAACUAAUGAUGAAAUAUUCCUUAAUAACAGAAAAUUAAAAUUGUCUUCUAAUUUAAAUGCAACAAAUAAAAUUAAAAAGAAAAAAGUUAACAACAAUUUAGUUCUUAUACCCAUUCAAGUUUGUGUAUUUAAUUUAUCCUAUAGAGUAAGAAAAAAAAUAACAAAUAGUACAAAUGACAAAUACGUCAGUAAUAAAUCCAAUGAAAAUGAAGAAAAAUAUGAAAAAGAAACGUUAAAGAAUUCAAAUUAUGAUUUUAAUAGUUUUCCAACUGGUCAAAAUAAUGAUCGCCACAUUAAGAAUGAGAAUAUAAAUAAAAAUUCUGAGGGAAAUGUAUCAACACAAAAUUCAAAAUUAAAAAAUUCUAGUACUACUACUAAUAAUAAUAAUAAUAAUAAUAGUGAUUAUACAAGAGUUUAUGAUUUUCUUGAAUCAUUUAUAAAAGGUGAAAUUGUAAAUAUGUAUAUGAACAUUUUUAGAAAUGAUAUAAAUAUAUAUACAAAUAUUCCUAAUAAUAUUAAUAUAAAUCCAUACAUAUACGGAAUGAAUUUUUACGAUUACAAUUUUUAUAAUGAGAAAUAUAAGAAUUUUCAAAAUAAUUUAGGAGAGGGAAGAAAUGAAAAUGAAUUUAAUGCCAAUAAUAAUGCUCAAAAGAAUUCAUAUUUUUCAUCAAAUGAAAAUUAUAAUAAAUAUAAAGAUGACACUUUAAAUAAAAAAAUGAACGAUGAAAAAUAUACUAAUAAAAAUGAAGAUGAAUAUGCUAAAUCAUCCAAAAAAAUCGAUCUACUUAAUAUUGAAGAUCCAAAUAAGUUUGUAAAACUCAUGAAAGAAAAUGAAAUGAUUAACCCACAAAUAUAUGAAUACAUUGAUAAGGAAGAAACUGUAUGUAUUAACAUUAAAUUAAUUAUUUUCUUAUUUUUAUUUAUAAAGAAAAAGUACAUGACUAUUUUCUUGAACAGUGUUCAAAUGGUGGCAAAUGUGUCAUGUGGUGAGGCUAAUACCGUAAUAACAUGCUUCAAAAAAAGUAUUUAUGAUAAAUAUUACAAAUAUAUAAUCAAAAAUAUUACAUGUUUAGAAAAUUAUAAACAUUUAGAAAGUACAAAAUUGAAGUCAAAAUUAAAAUUAACGUAUCCAGAAUAUUAUUUUAGUUCAGCAAGUGAAAACAGUGAACAUUUUUAUAGAAACGAUAUAUAUGAUGUUAAAAAUUAUACAACUUCAAUUGUAAAUUGGGGAGAUAAAUCAUUUGAUGAAUACAAAAUAAUAAAUUCUGCAUAUUCUCGUUCUGAUACAUCUCGCUUUUAUCAUAUGAUAGAUGAAAUAUUAGAAAAUUAUAUGUGUAUUUAUGUAUGUGGUAGGGAUACAAAUAAUAAUUUAUGUGUCAAUCAUAUUAAUCAAAGUUUAUACACAUUUACCCGAAUAAGUAAUAAUUUUUUUUAUUACAACUUUAACAAUUUUCUAUAUUUAUAUAAAUAUAAUUAUUAUUUGUAUUAUAUACAUAAAAAUAAAGUUCAUAUUAAUCAUAACAAUGAUGUAUCAUACAUUCAAAACAAUCCUCUUACCUUAUUUAAGAAUAAAUUUAACAUAAUAAAUAAUAAAGAUGAUAAUAUGAAUCUGAAUCAAUCUAAUUCAAAAUGUCAAGGUGUUUCACCAAAACAAUUUAUAAUAAUAAAAAAAAUUGUUUGCAGUAAUAUUGUUACAUGCUUAAUUGAUAUAUAUAAUAAUGUUUAUAUUGCUGGUGAUAUAAAACAUUAUUUUCCAAACCAUUUUCAUCAUAUUGCAUAUGCAUCAUCACCUUUUGUUAAAAUCAAUUUGAAUAACAAUAAAACAAUAAAAAAUGUAUCAAUUAGUCAAAAUAACAUAUUUUUAGUAUAUGACGACAAUAGUUUAGAAAUAUUGGGUUAUAAUGAUUAUAUCGAUUUCUUUGAAUAUAAUCAUCCUAUAUUUUUUACGAACAAACAUAAUCAUAAACAUUCAUAUAAUAUUGUGAAUAUUAAAAAAUCAGAUUUCUUGGUAAAACAAAUUCAAACAGGAAACAAUUGUGCUGUAAUAGUUAUGAAAAAGAAAAAAGGCAAAAAAAAUAGGAAAAAAUCAAUUAAAUACUUUAAUUAA